AUGCGCAUUCUUUCCGCUCGCCUUCAAAGGGUUGAGUCACCCAUCUCUGUCUCCCCACCCAACCCGUCAGCUAUACCUGCUGCCGGGAGCCUGCACCGGAUCUUGGAUGCUCCAAAGUCCCCCACAUAUGUCGGGCCCACAAGUGCGGAGUUUGGCCUUUCACAAGCCCAAGGAUCCCUGUCGCACGAGCCUGACAACGAUGCCAUAGUUGGUGAUCGUCCAGAGGAACUCGAUCUGUCAACAACAGCCCCUAGCCCGGUCGCAUCCCAAGGAGGAGACAACGCUAUUGUUGGACAUCCUCUGAGAAGUCUCGGUUCAGAUGAGGCCUUGCGAUUGGUACAAGUGUAUGAAGACACAGUGGGUGUAAUGUAUCCCUGUGUUGACUUGGAUGGCGUGCGAACAUAUGUGCUGGAGUACUAUCGCUCCCAUGAUUUAACCACUGAUUCUCCGCCUCCGUCUACCUUGUCGGCGCAGAUGAACUCGGAUCAAGAUUGGUUCUCUGCGCGCGAUGUCCAGGUAUUGAAGAUUCUUCUGGCUACCGCUUUACUGGUUGAAACGCACGGUCGCAGUGAGCGCGCUGCCCAGCUGGCCGAUAGCGUAGAAGAUCGCUUCGCCAGCAGAAUCAAGAUUGCUGAGGUUGACAUGAAAGAAAUCCUCAUUUUAACAUUGCUGUCGAUUUUUCACUCUUAUCGCGAUGAUGAGGUUAUCGCCGGACGUCUGAUUGGGAUGGCAGUCCGAGGGAGCACAGAGCUCGGUCUCCAUUGUCAAGAAACAUGGCAAAGAACAGGAGGUGUCUUCCCAGGUGAACUAGAAUGGACAUGGGCAAGCCGACUGUUCUGGUGCAUCUAUGUGCUAGACCGCAAAUGUGCCUUCGGCACUGGUUUGCCGUUUACGAUUCAAGAUUCCGACAUUGACACCAACUUGCCUGAACCCGGCCACUCUACCCCGUAUCUGACUUGCAUGAUCUCCCACGCGCGCCUCAGCACAAAGAUCUGGGGACUCGUUGUUGGGUGGCCCAACCGGUCACAAGCGGCUACUUCGGAUAUUUGUACCUAUCUCGACGCUCAGGUCCAGCAAUGGAUUCAUUCCAUCCCACCGGAACUGCGCUUCGAUCCAACCUGGCGCUCUCCUGCAGGCACAGAGCACACCGACAGAGCUAUGAUGCUCCAAGUUCUGCUUGCUCUACAGGCAAACCAGCUCCGCAUUUUGGUGUAUCGGCAAAAUCUGCUGAGCGAUGAGCGAAUAGCAGACAAUAUUGCCGGUGCCUCCACCGCUGUGGAAACGGCCAAGAGCACCGUCCAUAUGCUGGACUAUUUCAGCCGAGUCUCAACCAUCUACUUCCAGCGCCCGGAGCCAUUCAACUAUUUCCUCUUGUCUGCCUUAGCCGCCUUGUUUCUGGCCGUUUUACAUGCCCCAGCUCGUUUCAGUCAUUCCUGUCGGCCUGAAUUCUAUACGGCUGUGGACAUGGUUCGCCGAUCGGCUACUCGCGCCCGUACUUCUCGAAGAUUGCAAAAGAUCAUCCACGGUUUGAAGCGCAUUCGAUUGAACCUCCGAUGGGAUACUGAACCUGGCCGACAACCAUCCCUUCGCCGAACUUACCCGUCAAACGCAAGCUCUAAGGAUAUAGAGAGGUCAGAGCACGCUUCGAAUGAGAAUCCUAGCUCUCAAUACAAGCGGUAUUCGUCGCGCGGAAAUUGGGAUACCUCAACCUUGUCAAUCACGACAGGAUCUGCUGCCGCACAAUGCAGUCCGAGCCUGCAUCAAACAUCGACCCUCCAGUCGUCUUCUGACGCCUUCUGGUCAAUGUCCCCUGUUACAGUGGCUGACCCUAAAUCCAAUGACUGUGAAGACUUGAGUAGCUUUUUUGAGAUGGCUGGUGGAUUCUACUUCGACCCUCAAGCCGAUACGGACAUGGCGGCGAGAGUAGAUGUGGGGUUAGCGCCUGCAGGGGACACUAGAUUGCCCAAUGCUAUGGAUAUUUUCCAUGCCGAAGAUGAGGCUUUGACCCGGGUCAUGGCCGGGUUACUGUGA